UCACAGGAAACUCCCAACCAACUCCCCCCCCUCCCACUCUCUCACUCACUCACCCGUUACUCACCAACACUCCUUUGCUCUCGCACACCUUCCCACCAGAGAGGAUGGCUGCGUCCAUGUGGAGAAUGACCCGGCUGUGGAGGAGGAUGGCGGGGGUCCUGGUGGUCUGCGCUCUGCUGCUCAGCAAUGAGGUGAUAUGUCAAGAUGACUCAACAAUAGCACCCGAGGUCACGUCUGCAGCCGACUCCACCGCCGGCGCCAACGCUGCCACCGAUGCUGCCGCGACCGAUGCUGCUGCGACCGAUGCUGCCGCUCCAGAUGCUGCCACUCCAGAUGCUGCCGCUCCAGAUGCUGCCGCUCCAGAUGCUGCCGCUCCAGACGCCUCCGCUGCCCCGACUGCAGGAGGUCAAGACCCUGCAGCCUCUGUGGUUCCUGCAGAUAACCCAUUCCCAGCAACUAUUAUAACCAUUCCAAUUAUUCCAGACAAGAUGGAUGGGGACGCCUCAGGGACGACCGUGGCCCCCCCCGGCAGCAACAACCGGAUAGAUGCAGCCGCUGGUGUCUCUAGUGGCGUUAAGUUGAUGGUGCCUGAGGUGAAGUGCGUUGGAAAAGAUGACAUCACACCGAGCAACGCCGUCAGGGCCGUGGUAGUGACGAUAAAUUGCGAGGCAUCCAAAGGUAUUAUUCGGGAGAACCCUGCAGGCUGGUGCGAGGCCGAACCCUGCAAUCUAGAAAUCUUCCAAGACGACAGCAUCAUGCUGGUGACCAGUAAAGAUGCUAAGCCGGGAACAUUGGCUGAAGCUCUCCAGAGUGAAAGUCUGAAAGAAAAUCUGGGUGUGACAGGCAUUGAGACCCCAUCAUCAUCAUCGUCAGGCUCCUCCGUGUUCGUCGGGGUUCUGGUCACCGGUCUGCUCUCUGCCAUCGCCAUCACUGUCGGUUACUUGAAAUGCCCACGCAGGGCCGACCCCAAGGGAGUGAGGCUGGCGGAGGAGGCCUAUCCCGUGGAUCAGGAGAACCAGGGGAACACCCUUGUGUCUGUGGCCCCCCUCAACCCCCCUCCAGAAACUCAGGAGAAACCCAGCGAGAACGGAGAGACCCCCGAGGCCCCCAAGACCGAGCCCGCUCCCCCUCCCACCAACGGCCACUCCACCGCCAAGACGGCCGACACCGAGCUGUGAAGUGGACGACCGACGAAUGGCAGCCCAGGAACCACCCCAACCCCCCCCCCUCAACAAACACAAAUCCCCAUCAACACAUGAACACCUCCUUUUUUUGGGGAGAACAGCAGCUCAGGGUUGUGUAGUCUCGCGUUAAUCAACACUGGUUCCCACGACGACUGCAACUUCUGGAGUCACAUUCACGUGCUGUCGACACCCAGCAGGGGGUCUCGUGCUCGUCGUCAGCUUCCAAGCUUCAACCAAAACCCUCGAUUAGGAAAAACAGAAUGAGCUCGCGAAUGAAAUUGUUCCUCGGUUUAGUGAAAAGCCUCGACAGACGGACAGAUUGACAGGAAACAAAACCACGGUGCCUUGAAAGCUUCUCAGAGAGAAACCCCAUCGGGCUCUCGUCCUGUUCGUCUGUUUGAGUUAAUGAUGUGUGCGAAUGUGUGCGUGUGGCAAAUCCUGCACGUGUGUGUGGGUCAACAUGUACUUGCAUCUGUACUGUAAAUAUCUAAACAUGGAUCUACACAGCUUUUCUCUUCUGCUCACUGUAUGAACUGUGUGCAUGACUGAUGUGGAGCGACUUGAAUGUUUACAAUUUUUGUAAAAUAAGUGGAGUGACGGCUCACCGAGUUUUAAUGAAUUCACCAAUCUGCUACUGCAAAGUGAAGCGAGAUCACAAAGUUAACGCGAAGCUCAUCCAUUGUCAGUGUUAUUCUCUUUUUAAAUAUCCUGUAUAAGCUCUUUUUACUCUCAGUAUACUCUUGAUCAGUGUGUAUAGAAUGGUGACUCUGUCUGGUUUGUAUUCUGUGUACGUUUCAUUAUCAUGUGCCCAAAGAAUUUUUCAUUUCAUAGCUUGUGUUGUACUAUAACAUUGGACUCUGUGGCACCUUCACCAUGUUCGAUCCGGGUCAAACACAAAGAUGCUCAGGUGCUACGACGGCGAGAAACAAGCAUCUUGUGGCUGAAGUCAGAUUGUUUUUCUUUCCUCUGCCUUAUAAACUCAGACAAACCAGGGAGGAAAGCACCAAAGGAAAAAUGUCAUUUUUGCUUUUCAUUGCUAACAUUCCAGUGUGAUUAUGUCAUUGUUCUUCGCACCCUGCGGUUUAAAUUUGAUUUAACAUGAAAAAAAAUAAAGA